CGUAGAUAUAUCGAACUCUACGACAAUGUACACAACGAAGAUGGACACUCCGUCAACAUUGAUUUUUGAGUCAACCGAUCCCGCCAGACUUUCCAAGAAAAUGCUGGCGGUAUUUUUAAAAAAUUUAUUCAGGUAUGGGAGGAAAGAGGUGAAGAUUGUGAACAAGAGAGUUCAUUUGUAUUUGAAAUAUUCACCGAAAAAUCAAACGAUUCAGGGAAAAUUAAAAAAUCUUCCCGUCCGAUACCUGAGAGUGGCGGCCGAUGACGAGGAAGAAUUACAAUUAUUAUUGAAGGGGAUGCGUGAAUUCUCGGACGUCAAUUUUUAUGCGGCUGCCAUAGAACAGGACGAACCCGUACCGGCUAAAAAAUUCAAGCCGGCUUCGGAAGAAGAGAAAAUAAAAAUUCUGGAAAACAGAAUUUUAAAAUCAGCCACCACUACGACGACGACCACCACCACUCCCACUACCAGCAAAGUUGAAGAUUUUUGCUUCAUUUUAAACGAUGACGCGGACGAGUUUGAAAGUCAAACAUUUAGUGUAGUUAGUAAAUAAAAAUAAUAAAAAAAUA